AUGUCUUCUCAAGAUUCCUCGACGAAUUCGAAGACUCUGAUAUCGCUGAAGAAAGCUCUAUUACUCCAUUGCCUUUACCCAACACUUUCUCAAUUCCACCACCCUAUAAGCAAUUGAGCAAUCAAGCAAAAAUUAUCAAGACUCAAGAAGAGGUUCUUAAAACCAAAGCAUAGAAAUCCUAAAACUCAAGCAACUACUAAACGAUGCUGAAGAGAAAAAUCAAAGCUCUGAAGCUAA